GCAACUUUUAUUUUAUUCCCCUGUGAACUCACACUGACGAGUCCCCCCGCUUCUGAUGAAACUUUGACAGAUCAACCCUCUUCUCUUCUCUUCUUUGCUUUGCUUUAUUUGGUUGUCACCGUCGGCAUCACCAUGGGCGCGACGAACAGCAAGGACGCCAAGCGACGCAAAGCGCUCAAGCGGCGCGAGAUUAACAUUGUCGAUGUCGUCCAGACGCCGAUGCCGGCCGUGAUUGUCGCGCAGGAGGACAUCCCGCCAGAAGACCGGCUCAACGAGCUCCUGUCAUCGCUCAUGGAUGAGCUCAACUUUACAGCAGACCAGCGCACAAAGAUGAUGGCUUGCUCGCCAGAGAAAAAGUGGCAGCUCUAUCAGCAGCAAAGCGCACUCCGGACAGUUCAGGCUGCAGAGACCAGCAAUAUCGAACCGCCGUCCGAAACCAUCCUCAAGCUACGACGCUCAACGCGACUCAGCUUGGAGGAGAAGUGCGAUCUCGCUCAAGCCGUCACGAUUUUGCUGCGAACGACCGCUCUCACAUGGGUGAGCGAGUUUGUUGACAAGGAAGGCGGUUCAGCCCUCCUCACUUGCCUCGAAGAGCUGGACGACGAAGAGCGCAACACGGACUUGCACACCUUCUUCCUCCGCGCAGUCAAGGCCCUGAUGAACAACACCGUUGGCCGCAUGGCCGUCAUUCAGCACUACAACGGCAUUCGCAUUAUUUGUCGCAGUCUGGCUGUGGGCAACUACAAGACCAAGCAGGCAGUGCUCGAAAUUCUUGCCGUCUGCUGUCUCAUCUCGGACGGUCACAAGCAGGUGCUGGACGCCUUUGAAGACUUCCGUGCUUACUUUUACGAGCGCACCCGCUUCCAAACUCUGGUCAAUGUCAUCACCAGCGUAUCUGGCAAGCAAGACCAGGACAUUGCCAUCAAAACAGCAGGCAUGGUGCUUGUCAACACGAUCGUCAUGUCCGGUGUUGGUCGCGAGGAUUUGGACUUUCGCAUGCACAUCCGCAUGGAGUUUACCAGUCUUGGUCUGGACGAAAUGGUGGAGCGCUUGCGCAAGUACGAAGAUCGGCUUCUCGACAUCCAACUCGACGUCUUUGAGAACAUUCAAGGCAGCGAUGAAGAGUUGUUUGCAGACAAGUUUGAUUUUACCAAGCUGAGCUCCAGCAAGAUUGAUAAAACAAACAUUGUGGAAGUAUUCGGAACAGUCGUCAAAGCCUUGUCGCUCACGGGCGCGUUCAUCAGCUUGCAGUCGAUUCUUCAUCACUUGCUGCUCAUUCCCAAGGAGGCCCAGCGCCGUGCAAAGUACUACCAAACCAUCGAUCGCCUCGUCCAGCAGAUUGUGCUGCAACGCAACGGCGUCGACACGGACAUUUCCGUCAUUAAAAUCGACGUGGACAAGCUCGUCUCUGGGUUUGCCGCUCAGGAUCGCUUUGAUGAGUCGCAACGUGAGCGCGAUGCAUUGAAGCAGCGGGUCGAGGUGGCCGAGAAGCAAGUCAAAGACCAAGAGACAGAAAUCACGAAACUCAAGCGCGCCAAAGACAAAGCCGAGCGCGAGGUUCGCAACCAAGACAAGGAGUUGGAAGAUCUCAAGGCCAAGUAUCGCGAACUCAAGGACGAAAAGACCAAGCUGGAGGAACAGGUGGCGGAAUUGAAGGCGGCCCCGCCAGUGGUUGUCGCGGCGCCCGUCGCGGCAGCGGCCGUAGCGGAGGGUGCUCCGGCGUCGGGUGAUGCUGCUGCUGCUGCUGCUGCUGAAGGCGGUAGCGAAGGUGGUGCGCCCCCGCCGCCGCCUCCGCCACCAAUGAUGGGUGAGGGAGCCCCGCCUCCGCCUCCGCCGCCGAUGAUGAUGGGCGAAGGUGGUGCACCUCCUCCACCGCCGCCAAUGAUGGGCGGUCCGCCGCCCCCGCCUGGCAUGCCCGGUAUGCCCGGAAUGGGCGCUGCCAGCAAGCUGCCUCCACGCAAGCGCCCUGCACCGACCAAUCCCGUCAAGUCCUUCAACUGGCAAAAGAUGCCCGACAGCAAGAUUGACAAGACAGUGUGGAUUGACCUGGACGACUCGAAGGUGUUUGCCCAGCUCGAUGUGGACGAGUUUGAAACAAUGUUCUCGGCCUAUCAGAAGACUGGCAAGGACGACGGUGGCGACGCUGCAGACGAUGGUUCGUCGACGGCCGCGCCCGCCAAGCCCAAGGAGCUGUCCGUCAUUGACGGUCGCCGUGCCCAGAAUUGCGCCAUCUUGCUCUCGCGCAUCAAACUGUCGCACGACGAGCUCAAGGAGGCCAUUUUCGCGUGCGACACGGAGAAACUGAACAAGGAUUUGAUCGAGCAGCUGCUCAAGUUUGUUCCCGCGCCCGACGAAAUCCAACUGCUCGACUCCAACAAGGCCGACAUUGCCAAUUUCGCCAAGGCCGACAGGUUCCUCUACGAGAUGUCUGCCGUGGACCACUACGGCGAGCGCCUCAACGCGCUGUCGUUCAAGCUGCGUUUCAAAGAACGCGUGCAUGAGAUCAAGCCGCUGGUCGACGCCGUUCUGCUGGCCAGCAAGGAGGUGCGCUCGUCUCCCCAACUGCGCAAGGUGCUCGAAAUCCUGCUGGCAUUUGGCAACUACAUGAACCGUGGCGCGCGCGGCAAUGCUUACGGUUUCAAGCUCUCCAGUUUGAGCAAAGUCAUGGACACCAAGGCUUCGACCAACAAGCGCCAGACGCUGCUCCACUAUCUCGUCAUUGUUGUCGAUGCCAAGUACCCUGCCAUCAAGGACAUGAACGACAUGCCCCACCUUGCGGACGCAACGCGCGCCAACAUUGCCGAAAUUGACAAGGACCUGUCCUUCUUGCUCAAGGGCACCAAGGAUAUCGAAAAGGAGCUGCAGUACUUUAACAACUCGACGCGUGCCCACAAUCCCAACGAUCGCUUCAAGGCGGAGGUCGAAGACUUUUUCUCGCACGCGACUCUCGAGCUCAAGGACUUGGAGUCGGAUGUGACCGAAAUGAAGAAGAAGUUUGAAGACGUGGUUUCGCUCUUUGGCGAGGAUGGCAAGGUCAUGACGCCCGCCGAGUUCUUUGGUGCCUUUGAAUCGUUUGUCAAGGCGUUCUUUGUUGCUCGUGAAGAGAACGCCAUGUUCAAAAAGCAGGCAGAGGAUGAGCGCAAGCGCCAGGAAGCGGCUGCGCGCAAGGAAGCCAGCAAGCGUGGCGAGAAGCUCAGCGAAGCGUACAAGGCUGAAGGACAGGACUUUGACGAGCUCGUUUCUGCUCUGAAAGAAGGAUCGGCCUUUGGCUCCGAUCUGAGCCAAUUCAAGCGCAAAAACCGCAGGAAAGCGGCGGCAGAGAGUGAAGACUCGAAUGUCUGAGUUGUGCUUUGAUUUUUUUCAAUCUACGGUUUGUGUAUGUUUCGUGUCGCAUUUAUCUUGCUUGGUCUUGUCAAUGCUAGACCCCCCCCCCGUUUCAUGUUGGUGUCGUGGUUUAUUCGUUUG